AUGGCAUCCCAAUUCUCUCAGCAAAUCGCUUUCCGUGCUCAAAAAAGUCUCGGUCUCGUUGGAGGAACACCUAACUAUGUACCAGUCGACGGUUUCCAAGGACCAGACGUACCAGCUCGUUUAUAUCACUAUAGCUCUGACGGCCGUCUUUUUGCCUACGCACUGCCCUCAGUCGUGCGGAUCUACCAAGCGGAAGGUGCAAAGUUGCUGCAGGAAUUGAGCCUCCCCAAUGUCAUUGAACUCAAGUUUUCACCGCGGGGCACCUACAUCUCAACCUGGGAGCGACCAGUGAAAUUGGAAGAUGGAGCUCAGCACAAGAACCUUCGCGUGUUCUCCGCUUCCACCGGGGAAGAGCUCAUCUCUUUUACCCAAAAGUCACAAGAAGGAUGGGACCUGCAAUAUACCAUUUCAGAGUCUCACGCUAUCCGCCUCGUCGCUCAGGAGGUUCAGAUCUUCCAGCCUGCAGGUUGGUCGAAGGGAGUGGUGGAUAAGCUCAAAGUCGAGGGCGCAUCAAUGGUCUCGUUAAGUCCGGGACUUCAUCCAUCGAUUGCCGUCUUUGUAGCCGAGAAAAAGGGCGCACCAGCCAGCGUUAAGAUCUAUGGAUUGGCGUCAUUGAAUAGCCCGCCCACGUGCCAGAAAACGUUUUACAAGGCCGAUCGAGCUCAGAUCAAGUGGAAUAGUAUUGGUACACAGGUCCUAGUGUUAACGCAAACCGAGGUCGACAAUUCAAAUAAGAGCUAUUACGGCGAGACAGGAAUGUACCUGCUCAGCGCCGCAGGUAAUUUCGAUUGCAGGGUAGCACUGGAUAAAGAAGGCCCGAUACACGACGUCAUGUGGAGUCCCAACUCAAAAGAGUUCGGUGUGGUGUAUGGCUACAUGCCUGCCAAGACCAUGCUUUUCGAUCAACGUGUGCGCACCCUGCAUGACUUUGGUUCCUCUCCCCACAAUUUCAUCUCGUUCAACCCCCAAGGUCGUCUCCUGGCCCUUGCUGGAUUUGGAAACCUCGCAGGAAAGAUCGACGUCUUUGAUCGCCGUACUCUGCAAAAAGUAUGUACCAUCGAUGCACCUAACACUUCGUUCUGUGAGUGGUCGCCGGACGGGCGUUUCCUUCUGACCGCUACACUCUCACCCCGUCUGCGAGUCGACAACGGUCUCAAAAUAUGGCAUUGCACCGGUCCUCUUGUGCAUGUACAAGCCAUUGAGGAGCUCUACCAAGCAUCAUGGCGCCCUACACCUGUAGAAAACAUUGCUCCGUUUGGACAGCAUAUCCCUCCUGCACCUCAGCCAAGUGAGAGUGUUCGCGACAUGACCCUCACUGCCAAACCAGCUACAACUAAGCCCGCCGGAGCGUAUCGACCUCCGGGUGCACGUGGACUUGCUACGCCGGCCAUAUUCAAGCGUGAGGAUGAGGGCGGUGCGCCUCGCGUGCCCACGAACGGUACAGCGACUCCUCCACGAGGGUACAGCCGCAGCCCCGCCCCGCCAGGUGCUGUGAAUGGGAAUGGCUACGGGGGAGGGAAGAGACAUGUCCCUGGUGCGCCGAAGUCACCUUCCCCUGGCCCGGACAACCAGGACAAGAAGCUGAGGAAGAAAAAAGACAAGAAGAAAGAUAGAGAGGCUAACGGUGCUGCAAACGGUGCUGCUGCUGGUGGAGAACCCACAGCCCGGCCUUCGAUUGAGAUUAAAGUCAAUGGCGUGCAGACACCUCCGGCCGAGAGUUCCGUCCCGCCCACACCAGGUGGUGAUGGAGCCCUAGAUCCGGCUGCAAAGAAAAUCCGGAAUUUGAAUAAGAAGCUCAAAGCUAUCGAUGAGCUCAAGGAGAAAGCUAGGAGAGGUGAACGAUUGGAGGCCACACAACUGAAGAAGAUUGAUGGCGAGGCAGAGAUUCGUAAAGAGCUUGCUGCCCUCGGAUCGUCUUAGCAUUGCUUCGUAUAGCUGGGUCUAAGUAUUGUGGGCCGGAGCAUUGUCGUCUUUCGCUAUGUUUUCCAAAUACAAUCUAUUGGUUCGCAAGCAUGCAUGUAUAGAUAUCAUGGGUUUUUAGAUGUUUUAUGGGGUUUGUUUCAAUUAUGAUACUCGUUACUGCGAAAAGCAUGGGAUAACACCAGAUGUGAUUAUCCUA